GGUUGAGGAUGUGUCUCUACUACUAAGGCGGAAGGAGGCUACAAGCAGUGGAUAAUGUCAGAUCCCCCCUCUCCCAUUCUACCUGACGCUCCUCUCUGGCUGCACCAGGGCUGAUCUCUGUAAGAAAUAGCAGGAACUGUGGCAGCAGCUAGAGGAAGCGGCCGAGACGCGUGGAACCUGGAAAAGUCUGGGUGCUCGGGUUUAGCUCAUAGCGAGGUCCCAGCCAGCCGUCAGCACCAUGGACAGCGGCACCGUCCCCACCAACGCCAGCAACUGCACUGAUUCCUAUACGCACUCUUCAAGUUGCUCCCCGGCACCUAGUCCCAGCUCCUGGGUCAACUUCUCCCACCUAGAUGGCAACCUGUCCGAACCAUGCGGUCCGAACCGCACCGCGCUGGGCGGGAGCGACAGCUCGUGCCCUCCGACCGGCAGUCCUUCCAUGAUCACGGCCAUCACCAUCAUGGCACUCUACUCCAUCGUGUGCGUGGUGGGUCUCUUCGGAAACUUCCUGGUCAUGUAUGUGAUUGUCAGAUACACCAAAAUGAAGACUGCCACCAAUAUCUACAUUUUCAACCUUGCCCUAGCGGAUGCCUUAGCAACCAGUACCCUGCCCUUCCAGAGCGUCAAUUACCUAAUGGGCACAUGGCCAUUUGGAACCAUCCUCUGCAAGAUUGUGAUCUCCAUAGAUUACUAUAAUAUGUUCACCAGCAUCUUUACCCUCUGUACCAUGAGUGUUGAUCGCUACAUUGCAGUCUGCCAUCCUGUCAAGGCCCUGGAUUUCCGUACUCCCCGCAAUGCCAAAAUUGUCAAUGUCUGCAACUGGAUCCUCUCUUCAGCCAUUGGCUUGCCUGUAAUGUUCAUGGCAACAACAAAGUACAGGCAUGGUUCCAUAGAUUGUACACUCACAUUCUCUCACCCAACCUGGUAUUGGGAAAACCUGCUGAAAAUCUGUGUUUUCAUCUUUGCCUUCAUCAUGCCCGUCCUCAUCAUUACCGUGUGCUACGGACUGAUGAUCUUACGCCUCAAGAGUGUCCGUAUGCUCUCUGGCUCCAAAGAAAAAGACAGGAAUCUGCGAAGAAUCACCAGGAUGGUGCUGGUGGUUGUGGCUGUGUUCAUUGUCUGCUGGACUCCCAUUCACAUUUAUGUCAUCAUCAAAGCCUUGAUUACAAUCCCAGAAACUACGUUCCAGACCGUUUCCUGGCACUUCUGCAUUGCUCUAGGUUACACAAACAGCUGCCUGAACCCAGUCCUUUACGCAUUUCUGGAUGAAAACUUCAAACGAUGCUUCAGAGAGUUCUGUAUCCCAACUUCCUCUACCAUUGAGCAACAGAACUCCACUCGAAUCCGUCAGAACACCAGAGACCACCCCUCCACGGCCAAUACAGUGGAUAGGACUAACCAUCAGCUAGAAAAUCUGGAAGCAGAAACUGCUCCAUUGCCCUAGAUGGGUCUCAUGCCAUUCAGACCCUCACUGAGCUUAGAAGCCACCAUCUAUGUGGAAGCAGGUCACUGCAAGAACCUGUGGGAGCCUCUAGUUUCAGGAAAGUGCCAGCUCCUGAGUCAUCAAAACUCGAUCUUCUGAGCACUCCACUCUACACAUGUGAAGGAGACAUCUCAAUUAAGUCAGUUGCUGGGAAGGAAAGACCAUACCAUGCUUAAAAGUCCAACUUGUGUACAUAAUCAUGAGGAAGAUGUCCAAUGGGACCAAAACACACCAUGGUAUGUGAACUGAGGUCAUCAUAGAAGAUGGCCCUUCUGUGUGUAUUAUUUUGUUUUGAAGCAAAUAUUUAUGACCUCAUCAAACAAAACCCAUCAGUUGUUAAAUUUAGCAUGGUGACAUGUAAAGUAAGUGUUACCUCUGAUCAAAGGAACUUGUGUGGAAAUCUCAAGACUUUAUCUAGUCUUCUGUAAGGAACACUUUCUUCUUUUACCUUUAAUAUUAACCUUAAUAUUGGUUAAGACAUCAUUUCCACCUUUGUUUCUUUGUUUUGUAUUCUUCUAAAGAAUAACGUCUCCUACGUAGCUCCAUAAUUUUGAGGAAGUAAUUAGCAUGAAAUGUUAUCUGAAACACAACAGUGUGUCAGCUGCAGAAAGGUUGACUCUUGUGCAUUUCAGGUACUUCCCAAGAGUUCAUGGGAGAUUAUUCAUUCUUAGGCUUUCAGUUGUUUGCUCCCUAAUUUUAACUGUGAGGAUCCCUUCUUUUAUCAAACUAUUCAUAAAAGGUAAUUGUGGAUCAAUGAGCUCAUCACUUCAUCUGGGGAGGAAGUCAAGCUUUAAAAUGUACUUAUUCUUCAUUUCUCAGUAGUUUCUCCAUACUGCAUGCUCCUUUUGUAUAUUAUCUUAUCUUUUUUUUUAAUUCUGUGAUAAAAUGACAGUCUAAGCCUUUUUAAAAAUUUAUAUCCAAUAAGCUUAAUCUCAAAACAGAAAGACUCAAAUGAUCAUAGAUAAAAAUGGUUAAUCUUCUUUUCAAUCCUGUGGAGUUACUUGGACCUGAAAUAUUAACAGUGACCCAAGAAUAUUUUCCUGAAGAUUGUGUUUAUAUAAUGUCAUCACCAAUAUGUUGGUCUUUUUGAUCUUUGUUAAAUGUCAAGAUUUCCUUUGUAAAAUGUCAGUCUUCUAAGCAAUUUCUGUAAGACAAUUCUCCUCUUUGACUGGUUUUCUUUGGUAUAAAAUACAGUAGAGAGUUGGCAAUCACCCAUUUUUAUUUGAUCUAUAUAGACAGUCAAGUCAGAUGGCCUAUGCAAAGAAAAAAAAAGCCCUCCACUUUGAACUUUUGUCUGGGUUGAUUAAAUGAGUCAUGUACAUUGUAGUUAUCUAUGAAGAUAUAGUACAUGACAGGGUACCAAUUUCCCUUAUAAAAAAGUAUUUCUAAGUCUACAAGCUGCCAGUAGACUCAAUAUUAAAAGUUAUAUCUGUUCCUCAAUAUAAUAAGACACAAAUAUGUACUGGGCAUCCAGAUCAAAUAUCCAAGACAUCUUGGACCAGAAUAGCUAAAUUUACUGUCUCAGAUCUAGCUAGCUGUCAUUAUGUGGACCCAACACAUGUAUCCAUUGGAUGAGAAGAAAAAGAAAAAAAAAAGAUAAUAUUUUAUCUUGAAUCUUGAAUAUUGAAGUCUUAUAUUUGCCUCUAAUAAUCUCUGUUUCUCAAAUAUUAUGUCCCAGAAAUGAUAUGUAUUAUUUUUAUUUUUUUCUGAUCAAAGUAAUUUAAACCAGAGCCUUAAAAAGUUUUAGAUUGUUAAAUAAAUGCGUUUGUGUAUAAAUACAUAUAUGCAUAUAGACACUAUUAGAGCUUCCACAAGUAAAAGGAUAAUUCAAAUGAAACACAAUGAAGGAGAAUGAAAUAUCUGUAUGUAAGUCACUUGGGAGGAAAGUUCUUCCUUUUAAUGGGCUGUAAUAACAUCAGUUCUCUCGAGAGAUGACGUAGCACUGCUUUCCGCUCAUAAGGCUGUUUCUCAACAAUCAUUUCUGCCUGAUGACCAGCUCUCAGUUAAAACAUUCUGAAAUGAAUAAUAAAUAUGCUUUUCAAUGUUUUUCAUUCAAAACCCUUGUCACAAAAUUUACUAGAACUGCCUUGAUAUUCCAUGGCAAAUGGGGAAGUGGCAGCCCUGAUUCGGUUGGUUAAGCUAAAGUUCCUUGUGAAAUCUGUAUAUAAAGGGAAUGUAACGUUCUGCUUUGUUCUUCUUCUCAUUUCACCUUCCUGUCCUUACAGAUAGGAUUUCUUCUGGUCUGGCCUUCUUCCAGUGAAGCAAACUAUUGAUGUAAAGUAAGGGUAAGGCAUAGUAGCCUUAAUUCUCAGCUUCUCUGUGAACCACGCAUGCCCCUACUAUAGCUGUGCAUUUACAGCCACAAAUACGAUCCUUUCCUUAGAAAUAUCCAUGAAUAGGAAAUGGGUGUCUUCAGGAAUCCUUGCUGCCCUUACAAAAGCACCAAGAUUUUUGCCGACAUUUUCAACAUAUUUCUUUUCUCAUGAGCCAUAUUUCUUCAAUGAGGGGAGAGAUGGGAACAAACACCAACCUUCAUCAGUGCCUUGUUCUUGCUUUGGCCUAACCACUGUACUUUCCCUGGUAGAAGAUGCUCCAGGAUCAUAGUGACAGAAUACAGCCUUCAGAUUAUAUUUAAGACCACUGCCAUUGGGACAUUAGAGCCUAAAGUGACAAGCCAAUUAAAGGGUCUAGCUUUGUGGCAUUUAGCCAGGAGGUAGUUGUAUUUAAUUAAUAAUAAUUUCAACCCAGUCAUUGUUCACCACUGAGAUCAAACUAAAACCACGAGGAGGUAUGUACAUUGCUAGCUGUUCAAAAGUAAGCAAAACCAAAUGGCAAAAGCUUAGUGUGCCAUGGUAUGUGGCAAAUAUUCAAGCUCUUGUCAUGUAAUGUGUUGGGGUUUUUUAAGGAGUCAGUACAUAAGUCAAGUUCAGUUUGAUUUACCUAAUAUUAUUGUGUCCAAGACACUUGAGUUACAAAUGUAAAGAUCAUUGACACUGAGGUUUUAGGGUUAUGAACAGUGGAUUGAGGGUGGACUGAACUUGCAUCCUGUAACAAGGUACUUUUGAAAUAACAUCAAAUAGCUGCAUAUACAUUUUAAGGGAAUUUUAAAGGCUCAGAAAAAAUUAAAAUUGAGUAUAUCAACCUUUGAAAUAUAUCAGUCUUGACUAAAAUAUAUGAAAAGAUGAUUCUUGACCCUUGGCACAUAUUCAGAGGGAGAUCAAUUUUUCUGGGGCUUUCCCCAUCACAUACAUUUUCAACUCACUUUGCAUUUCCUAUAACCUUGCAUGAAGUGAGAAUUUUAAAAUCUGCACUUGAAAUUGUACCUAAGCUUUACAAUGUUACAGAGGAAAUUGGCAUAAUUACUUCUUCCUCUGCUGUUUGAGAGGGAUUCAGGUUUGCAUUCAAAGCCAACCCACCUGGAAACUAGUGCUUAGGGUUCUAAUGUCCCCAUACCCCUGGCUCCUCCCCCAAAAAAUAGCCCUGUGAUUUCAUGUGGUACAAGCGGUGAGCUCCUUCCUUCUCUCCCAACUUCCAGAAACUCAGUUAAAUCUCUGAUCCAUUCACAUCCAAAAGAGUGCCUUGUCUGCUUAAAGACAAAAUAAAACUCUAUGACAAUAGAUUAAGAUGUUUCUAGACUGUACUACAACAUCUGAAACAAUGCAAAAGUUUUGCUAUUUAUUUGGAAAAAAAUUAUUUAAGAAUCGAGUGGAACCAUAAGGGACAAGGACAGAAGAGAGUUUACUCAUUUUUAUCAUUCUACCAUCUGAAUUAUCUGGCAUCAUACUUAACUACCACUCAAUGGAGCUGGUUGGCAUCACUACCUUUUAUACAAAGAUACUGUUUCUAAAAAGCGUGCAUUAUGUAGAGCAGGUAGGGAUCUAUUUAAGUUGCAACAGUUCUUUAGACUGUAUUAGAAAAGAAACAGGACCUACAGAAACCACACUUGAAUGCAAACAAGUCUUAUAGCUUUGUGUUUCAGUGAAACCUCUAUAUACUUAUGGAAAGAGCAUAAACAAUCCUAUGUAGUAUAAAAAUUGCCUGAAAUUAAUCAUAACAGCCUCAAAGCUUUCAAUGCAAGCAUAAAUAUGCUUUGAUUUUUCAGAUGAUGUGUCCUCAGUUUUGAAUUUGAAAGAAUGUUAAUAUUAAAUAUACAUCAUGAGGGGAAAUACAGUUUUUGCAGGAACUGAAUUUGCCUCUAUACAUCUCAAUAAUUGCAAACCUCAAUGAUUUGUUGUCAUUCAGAGCUAUCUCAUGAGUCAAACAUAGUUUGCUUCUCCCCCUAAAACUAUGUCCAUGAAAUCUAAACCAGGGCAACUGAAAAAAAAAAAAAAGUUUAUUACUUGUGUUCCAGCUAAUAGUGUCACAUUGUUAGCAAGCUUGCAUUGCCUAUACGGAAUAAAUGUAUAUUUGUCUUAUAGUUUCAGGAAAAGAACACAGAGGUCUUUUUGAAGACAGCAAGGGAAAUUUAUCUUAUCAUCACUGUGCGCUCUGUAAUAGGCAUGUUUUGCAACAACAACAACAAAAAUCCUCCAGGAAAAUAUGCACUUUAACAUUACCUACAACUUCCUUCUUCUUACUUUGCUACUUAAUUUUUUAAAGAACCUAAAUCUUGAGAAUAGGCUAUCAUAUUUACUUCCAAUUCUCUUAAAAUAAAUUUCUGUUGUUUUCCUUCCAAAACAUAAAUGUUUUAUUCAAUUAGCAUUAUCCACUAAAGCUAGAAAGUUUUCAAUGAAUACACAGGGCUACAAAAUGCCAAAUGGAAAUGAAAAGAAUAAGUGAUAGAAACAGAGAGAGGAAGAUAUGAGAAGAGAAAGGGUGGGAAUAGAUGGGACACUAUGUUUCUGAGAGCCUAGGUGAAACUGAACACAGUCACAUACACCGAAUAGCAUGAGUGAGCUUCGUUAAUAUAAGCACAGUAAAACUAGUUUAAUUAAUGAUUCCUAGAGAAAAGGGAGAGGAAAUCACAUUAGCGUGACCUGAUGAUAGAUUUUACUGUUCAUAGUGGAGGCCAAAGCAAAUGAGUUACUGAGAAAAACAAUAAUUAUUUUUCCCCAUUUUGUCGAGGGAAACAAGAUUCCUAACACUACAUGAUAUUUGCAAAAUUUGUAUGGCUCAUAGGCUGUCCUUUCUCUGGUUCCCUCAGAGAUGGGCUUCUGGGAUGUAGAGAUACUUUUCACAUUCUAUAUCUGGUAAUAGUCAUGAUGUCACCACUCCAGACCACUAUGACAUCAAAACAACCAAGCCUAAAGAUCAGUUGGUGCCUCUCAGAAGAGACCAGAGUCUGCAAGUGCCUACACAGAUUAGGUUCCCAGGGAUAUUCCCAAUUCUGAGUUGGAAAGGGCCAGUUACAGGCAUACGGUUUUUAUUAUGCCCUCAAAAGUUCUCUAAUCAAAGGUUAACCUGUGGAUCCCACUGUUUUUUGCAUCCCAUAUUAGAAUUUUUACUUUCCCAAAAUGAGACAAUACAAAUCACAUGAAAUUUCCAUUAUACGGCAUAACAUUGAAAUGCAGUAUGAAUAUCUACAGUUUUCUUGGCAGAGUAGUACAUCUGACUUUUUUCUUGCCAUGGUCAAGACACCACGCUCUAAAAUUAGUGGACGUUAUUCCCUAAGGAGACUGACUACCGGAAACUUUCAAAAGAAAAGAGUUCCCAUUUAUGAAGUAAAUUAGAAUAAAAUGGUCCAUCAGAUGUUUCAGAAUGCCUAUUCCUUAUAUGCCAACUCUUUGAGGUUUUUUUUCUUUCUUGGUUGCCUGACUAGUUCGUUGGUUUAGGGAUUCAUUAUUGUUGUUGGAUUAUUUUUCGUUGCUGUUCAAAAAUGUUGACUUCACCCUGUCAUCAUACACACGCAUGUUCCUCAAUUUUCUCUGCCCGAUGAAUUUCCCUUUGUAAUGGCCAAUGUAGGAGGUCAUCAUUGCCAGAGUAUAAUGGAAAAUUGAGACAUAUCUUUGCUCAUGGCUUGGCAACAUGCUGGGCCACUUACAUUCCCCAUUUCAUCAAAUAAUGUCCCUCUUCUCUAUAUCAUUUGGACUUUAGAACCAAUCAGAGUUCAAUCUCUAAUACCCAUACUAGCACAAGAAACCUAUCAGCCAGAUUCCUUUCCUGCAUCUCUGCAGGUGGUAAACCUGCUUCCUAUUGCCUGCUCUCAUCUCUGCAGGAGUCCAUUCAAAUAACAGAAAAAUAACAAGGCCUUCCUGUUACUCUCUUUGGCUGUGAGACAAUUUGUUCCUAUCUGCCCCCAGGCUCACCUAGCGCUCUGACUCAGUGGGAAGCUGCUACUGAUCAUCGCUGUAUUAACUCAAAACUCAUUUGCCUUAUGGAAAUUCAUGGCCCUUAAUUCUCAAGAGAAUGGAGCAAACCAAUAGGCUGCCUAGGCACCUAGGUACUUUCCAUGUAAUCUACUACAUCUGUAUAAAUUAGGUCCAAAUAGCAGGUUAUUUUCAAGAUUUAUAAACUCAAUACUGCAAAUCAUAGAACCUGGCAAGUAGUUCUUAGGAUCCCCUUGCUGCCUAUGAAUCAAUUACAUAACUUCUACAUGGGCUGGGGGAAAAAUAAUCACAAUAAGAAAAAUUUGUGUUUUAAACUGCCCCAUGAUUUUUGUUUGUUUUAAUGAAUUUC